GUUUAAAACUCUCCUUCUAGACCACGAGUCGUUUUGUGAAAGUUCUCCUAAUUGCUAUCAAUUUUCCAUUUCCGACAUUGAGCAAGUCGCUGUCUCCGUUCUUCCAGGUAUCAUGUCUGUCGCUGUACUUAACUCUUCACCUCCCUCCAGCGUUCAUCUCUAUUUUUCUUGUCUUUGCUGAGCCAGAUCACAAUAAGCGAACCCUCCUGGUGCACCCUCAGAAACGGAUUAUCGUGGACAACGACCCCAUUAUACUGGAUAUGUCUCAGCUUCAGAUGCAAAAUAGUGUGUGAGUUUCAUUAUAAGAAACUACUACUCCUCACAACUAGUUAGAUCUUUUGAGUCCUUCUCUAAUAUUAGAUCUUUUGAUGUGUCGCUGUUGCUGGUGUUGUGUUGGUGCUGAGGUGUAUUUGAUUUCAAGUCCUUCUUUCUAGUUGCAAAAGCGCGUGCCACAAUGUUGUUCCAUCAUUCAUCGCGAUGAGUAUCGCAAGAAGAAGUUGUCAUAUUUAACUCGUCAAUCAACCUUGCCGUUACCACAAGGAUGUUCGCUGGUAAUAGUAUGCGUCGUUUUCUGUGCCCUAGUAUGGGCGGGGCAGCGCUUCUAGCACAUCAAGACAACGACAUACAAACGAGCAGAAAAGAGCGGAACCAACAAAACGAGCAAGAAUCUUACUCUUCGUCUGCUCUCAACCGAACGUCGCUCAGAAGUAGAAGAAUACCCGCCGCUUCUCGUGAUAGAGUUUUCUUUAUGUCAGAUUUAAGUAGUUGGUUCUAUCUUUGUCCCCCACAACCUUCUCCGAUGGGGUAGUUGUUACUCGUACUCGACGAACAGGAUUUUUUUUUUGAAACUCUUAGUAGUCAUCCCUUCGUCUUGUUCUCUACUCCUAGUUCCAGUUUCGUCUUCUCUAAUGUCAGUGAACAAGUUCGGCGAGGAGAGGUCGCGAAUUGGUCGGGCACUCGACGCAGCAUACGAGCUGCGGAGACGGUCGUUGUUAACGACGUGAAAGACCUAACAAGGUUCGUCUGUGGGUCCAACAAGAAACUUGCGUUUGGGCAAGAAGGUUCAUCACCUUCUGGUCUUCAACAAGGUUUAGGUUCACCAACAUCUUCCACCUCAUCAACCUCUAAAAGUCAAAAAAAAGACUACCCCGGGAACUUCUACUUGAAACCUCUAGGAGCAUGUUUGAGUCCAAACGGGUGCGGGAUCCCGAACGAGGUCCAAGAAACCGCAGAAGGAGCUGAGGAGAACUUUUAAGACUAAAAGAUGUACUUCUUGAGUCUCUUGGCUAUUGUCCUGCUGAGUUCUUGGCUAUCUUGCUUUAUUUCGUGUUCUUUGUUCAAAUUUUUUUAGGUCUUAUGCGAACGCGGCCUCUAGGCAGACGGGUGAAGUCUGUUCGGACGACUUUGCGUCUCCUGCCAGUGUGCUGCUUGUUUCAUGGUCUGAUUGAUAGUGCCUCUAAGUAGAUAUUGUGGAGCAAGAACAACAAGGUUCUUUAUCUUCUCGAGGAAGUCCAAUAGUACCACAAAUGCUCUCGUGUGAGAAGCUUAGUUCCAUUUCGAUCGCACCCGACAGAAAAAGCGUAACUUGUGGUGCUGGAUGCACGGUCCAGCAACUCCUUGACACUCUCUCCGAAGAAGGCCUUACUUUGUCCAACUUUUCGUCCGUGACAGACCAAACCUUAGCUGGGUGGACACAACUGGGCGCACACGGAACGGGAAUAUUCGAUAGCACAGUCGAUGAGAUGGUAUUAGCUAUGGAUGUCGUUACUCCAGAGCACGGGCUGAUACAUGUCUCACGUCGAGCAGGCGGUGGAUCUGGUGGAUCUGGAAGCGGUAGUGGAAAUAGGAGGAGUCAAGUUAUGAUGGUCUCGACUGUCGAGGAAGAAGACGAUACUAGCGUACGUAGAUGAUGACGACUUUCACUUUGUGAUAGUACAGCAAUUACCAAAAUCUUUAUCCUCUUUCUUCAUCACGCUUGUAAAGUUUCUCUACUUGAAGAAAACAGUGAUUAAACAAGAGGAAUCAUCCUUAUCCUAUCCUAUCCUAUCCUAUCCUAUCCUAUCCUAUCCUAUCCUAUCCUAUCCCAUGUACUUGCUAUCUAUAAGUCCUAUCAAGUUGCACUUCUAAUCUUCAUCAACAACAGUCAUUGUUCGACAAAGAUUUUGACUAUUUCAAAUGUGGACUGGGUCUCUUCGGAGUUGUGGCGUCGCUGACGAUGAAAGUCGUGCCUAGAUUCACACUGCAAGAAAGUACCUACGUACUGAGUAGAGAGGAACUGGUGUGUGGACACCAGGAGCGACUACGACGACAUCAACACGUCAGGUACCACUGGGUGCCUCACACAGAUGCUGUUGUGGUCACAGUUUGUGAUCCGGUGGAUGCAGUAGUGGGAAGAGGAAGCGCUCAUGUAGAAGGUGGACGAGGAGGUAGUUCUAGUGGUAGUAGCCGUGGACAAGUAGAGCAUGAUCAAAAACACGACUCAGUGGAGGAUGGGGAGGAGCCUGAAGAGCCGACAUUUACAGCAGAGCGAGAGGAAGCUCUAGCACGGGAUCCACUCAACUGGGAAAAUGUGAAGCAAACCAAUGUUAAGGGAAGAGCUUGACUUGUCAUCAUCAUCACGUAGGAGAGUAGUAAGUAGCUAGGUGGUGCUUUGGUUUAGAAAUUCAGGGUAGUUCGAGUAUGAGCAGUUUAUUUGAGAUCGUCAAAAUGGUCAAGUCUCGAAAAAAUGGUUUUUUAUGACCUAAUAAGUCAUUUUGAAUCGUUAUGAUCUAAUUGCAGUAGUCUCAGGCUCAACUUAUUUGUGCAUCAUAAUUCUAGAAGGAUACAGUCUACGACCACUACAACUACUAGUACACCUAUUCCAUUGAUGGGUGAUGUUGAUAUGCAGUUUGACAGUUCUGAAACAGGUGACGCAUGAUGAGAAUGUUGAAGAGGAUGUCGGAGAUUUCAAGUUUGAUGAAAUCCUCGAAAAAGUGGCUUUUUAUCGCCCACGAAUUGAAUUCAAACCUCUGUAGCUCACUUUUAGCAACUUCCAUCACUCUUAAGCUCAACUUUCUGUAUCUGAGUAGAGUGUCACAGUCUAAGACUAGUUGUACACCUAUUGGCUGAUAGUAUACACUUUGAGUGAGCUAAAGCAGGUUAGACCUGGCGAGAAUGAUGAUAGUGAAGCUGGCGAAUGCUUCGAUCUUGAAACUUCGUGAAAUUUGAAACCCUCAAUCCUCGAAAAAGUUGUUUUUUAUCGCCCAGCAAUUCAAUUUGAAUCCUGGCGGUCCACUUUCAGUUACCUUAUACAGCUUUCGCCUUUGGUCGCGCAUGUGCUUGAUGCUGCCUCUUCUUUCGGCAUUGUAGUGCUCUGGCUCAAUGUAGACGAACGCCUUUCCACUGGUGGCAUACUGCUCCAAGCGCUUCACGCGCGCAGCGUGAGUCUUCAUGGCUGGGGCCAUUUUACCUCAGUGGGGUGGGGUCCUGAUCUCCACCGAAGCGCCCGAUAUGUCGCGCCUUAGCAAGUUGCCGCUAGCUUUCCCACGGUGCAAGCCUCUUCAUAGGGAGACUCUGCAUGGGAUCCGACUCACGCCACGGGUCAAAUAACAAAAUCUGCCGGAAAAAGGCAAAGCGUGAGGUGUCGCCCCUUCCGGGGUUUCGGGCGCAUGAACUUCUCCGCCAAACGAAGAAGGGCGCGUCUUUUUGUAGGGCUGCGGUCGGCUGGGCGAGCGCAGGUCUUUACUUUUGAAGCCGUGGCGUUCCGCGAAAGCUUGUUUUCUUUUUCUAGGUGCCGUCGGACUCAGUCCGAGGGUCUUUCGGGGGGCCGUGGCGACGGCUUUGCCCUGUCUCCGGUCGUACCGUGAGACUUUUUCUUUCUUGUAUAGCUGGGGUCGUAGCCAAAGCUAAUCUGAACUACUGUCGAGGAGCCACACCCGAAGGAACAGCUACAGACUUUGGCUCAUGGCUGUUGCCGACUAAGUCGGGAGCCGGGUGCCUUUUCUGUUUUGUUUUAGUUGCCCCGCCACUGGGCUAAAGUUGGUUUAUUUUUGUGAAGCAGAUCAGGUGCUGAGUCUGCUUUUGGGUCGACGGGAUCGCUCUCGACGUAUCGAAGAACAACGCCGCCCCCUGGAGAAACGCGCGGGCCCGAAAUCCGACUGAAUCGGGACUACCACUGCGCACAGGAACGAAAGCGCCAAACUUUUCUAACCUAAAAAAACCAAAAAAAUACUAGACCAAAAAAGUCAAAAAUUUGGUGGGUUCUAAGUCAAAAAAAUUACUCUCUUGCGCGUAUAAAAGGCCAAGGGCUCACUGCUUGCGAACACUAGGACUGCUCGCCUUCACUCUUAAGGUGAUGCCUUUUUUAUAUAUAGUUCCUGGCUUGUUUCAGUUGUGCAAAUCGUGAAGGUUUUGCAUGAUUCUCAUGCGGUUGCAAAGUUGUCAAAUGUGUGGACCUUCUUGCCCAUAAGUAACACGAUAAGGAUCCACAUCAUUGGCGUGGCAUUUCAGUGCUGCGACCUUUGUCACCAUAGGACUCUUGCAAUGACUUCCAUCAUGUUCAUGCCCUUGAUGAUCUUCAUACUCAUGGCAGUACUCGGAUCAUCGUGCUCAUCUUCUUCUUCGCCUUCUUAUUUUAUACAUUUGCAGAACAGGGGAACUGGAUCAUUUUGCAUCAGCGCCUUCUUUUUCACAAGUAAAUGAGCCUAGUAUAGUUGUAUGAAGUACUGUUACGUGUAGAAAAGUAGAAUAGCGAUUAUAGCCAUACAGUCAUAGACAUAGAGACGGUUUUGAUUAGCAAAUGAAAGAUAAAGAUUUCAAGUUUGAUGAAAUCCUCGAAAAAGUGGGUUUUUAUCGCCCACGAAUUGAAUUCAAACCUCUGCACCUCACUUUUAGCAACUUCAAUCACGUUUAGGCUCAACUUUCUGUAUCUGAGUAGAGUAUCACAGUCUAGGACUAGUUGUGCACCUAUUGGGUGAUAGUAUACACUUUGGGUGAGCUGGAGCAGGUUAGACCUGGUGAGAAUGAUGAUAGUGAAGAUGGCGAAAAUGAUGAUAGUGAAGAUGGCGAAUGUUUCGUUUUCGAUCUUGAAACUUCGUGAAAUUUGAAACCCUCAAUCCUCGAAAAAGUUGUUUUUUAUCGCCCAGCAAUUCAAUUUGAAUCCUGACGGUCCACUUUCAGUUACCUUAUCCAGCUUUCGUCUUUGGUUACUAAAGCUAAAGUGUUGAGUAUCAACAUCUUCUUUUUUACAAGUAAAUAAGCCUAGUAUAGUUGUACGAAGUACUGUUACGAGUGGAGUAUACUGUUACGUGUUCUCAUCUUCUAAGAACGAAAAAGAAGUAGAAUUCUGGAGGAAUUCCAUCGUAGCACGUGGUAAGGCAUUCACUGCAGAAAACGCAUCUUCAGGCUCAGUAAGGGAAAGGGAUGCGGGGGAGAAGAAACCUGUGCUUCGAGACGACCGUGCAUCCGCAUAUUAUCAUUGGAACCUACUCGGGCUCGGAGAGAAGAAGAAGGUGAAAACUAGUGCAACUUAUUUUACUGGUCGUGCUUUGCAGCGAACUGGCGAUAGUACGGAGAUUCUCGGCUUUAACUGUGGAUGCAGUCAGCAGGUUCUGGAGGUUUGCUUUAAAGUGAACAACGAUAGUGGAGGACGUUCCAGCACUUCUAAAGGAAGUAGUAGUUUUUUUAGAAGUGCAUCGUUAACCCGACCCGAGGACGCUUUAGAUAACGAUUUGCAUUAUGUUUUUGAACUGUUGGACAAAAUCGAGAGACAAGAAAUCCCGGCACCCGCACCUAUCGAACAGCGCUACACUCGAGCUUCGACAAGCAAGCUUUCGCCUUGUUAUAGUUAAGCAGGGAAGAAGAAGUAAGUAGGUAAAUAUAAUGUGAAUGCCGUACUUGUUCUUGUACAAUUAGAAAGCGAUGAAAAUUCCUCACUAAAUCUUCCACUGGAUAAUUUGUUCCAGUUCUAAUACCUCCCAAAUCCAGACGACCUUUUCACGUGGGUUGGCGUCAUCAUGUACCGAAUCGAAAAGCAGGCAGAAGGUCAUAAAGACAGUAAACGAGAUCUUCCGGUGAUAGACUCAACAACAACGGAGAAGUUUAUUAGAGAUGACGAUGACUCGGAAGAAGUGGCAUCCACUUCAUCUGCUGAAGAAACACAGCAUGUGGAAACAAGCGUCGAAACCAAAGCCAAGAAAGAAGAGGAAUCCACCCAAGCGGAUGAGCAACAAUCUAACGUGAGUAAAAUCGACGCUUAUUUUCCCUGGUAUGCAGGUCAGCAUCUGGGGUUGUGCUUGCGGUACGGCGGAGUGUGUCAUUGGGGAAAAAUACCCCUUAGUUACGAACGCGAGCUCUUCCCACUCGCGAAGACGUGCGUGUCGAACAGGUACGACCUUGCAGAAGUCGAGAGAGUUAAGGUUGCUGUAGGUCUGGUACAAGUAAGCCUUACUCAAGGUGUGAAGGGGAGUUUGAGCAACACGGUUGGUGUAAGUCUGACCUAAGUAAGAGUUGUAACACGGUUGGUAGUACAACGAACUGGUAGAUCUGAAGAGACAAGUAAGUGCAAGUACUAGAGUUGUGGACACAGAAAAUCUCAGUCAUAGAUCACUUGCUAUUGCCUAUUUAUGCCAUAUUUUUACGUAGUUUCUAAAACAGUUAGGGCAAAGUACGACCCUCACAAGCUUUUGGGUCCCGCACCAUGGGAAGAGCGAGCGAUGGAUUGAGCGAUGGGGAGAUCGUCUGGGUUCUCAGAAAGCUUAUGAUUGUCUGGUGAAGGUGAACCUUCUAGUCGUAGUUGAAAAGGAGGAGUCGGUACUAGAGUAGGGCUGUCUGAAUAAAUUUCUAGAACAUAUUAGUACCUCAUCAUCAAGUAGAGCAAAAAAGAUAUUAGUACCUCAUCAUGUCUUGUUAGUUGCUGUAGAAGAACUACGAGUGCAGUAUGGAUAAAUAUCUUCUCACCUACACACUGUAGAAUGCAAAAAUGAUUGUCAACUUCAUUCAUGACGUCUACUUUUACUCAAGUCUAAAGUUUGUCCUACUGAAGACGACUUCGAACGAAGUGACUCCUAGAGCUAAGCACAUCUCGUUUUUUUGACCUCAGUGCAACAUUAUAGCACUUAUGACUGAUGUACAUGAGUCAACUUCAGAAAAAAUGUCAUGAUUUCCAAUUCUGAUGAAAGCUCUUCAUCAGGAAAUGAAUUUGAAAAAAACAAGAUAAAACUGAAAUUUUUGUGUUUUAACUUGAAAAUUCAAAUUUGAAAUCUACUCCCCAUUCAAAUUUAGAAGACACCCAACUUUCAAAGAACCUCAAUUCUCGAAUUUUUAUAGAUGCAUGUGUAUGUGAUGGUUGCUCUCGAAAUCGUUGUCACUAUGAACUCUACGUGCUUGUUCUAAGAU